AUGAGAAAAGCAGAAGUGAAUGACUCUUUCAUCACAAAAAUCCUGACAGGUGGAAAGGAUUCCACCGUACUGUUCCAUCUUGUGGCAAAUGUGGCCCGCAGGAAAAAACGUCGAUUCUCUGUACUGUUCAUUGACUGGGAAGCCCAGUACCAGUGUACCGUUGAACAUAUUCAGAAGAUGCGGAAUAUGUACGGGGAUGUGACGGAGACCUUUUACUGGGUGGCACUUCCCCUGACCACGGUAAACGGUGUCUCACAGUUUCAGCCGGAGUGGAUAUGCUGGGAACCUGGUGUGACCUGGGUCCGUCAGCCACCGGAAGAGGCCAUUACGGAUAUGGCGUAUUUUCCCUUCUACCGGUAUGCCAUGACCUUUGAAGAAUUUGUUCCGGCAUUUUCUUCCUGGUUUGCCGGUAACCGGUGCGGUGUGGCGAUACUGACUGGUGUCCGUGCGGAUGAAUCCCUCAACCGCUUUAUGGGACUGGUGUCUCAGCGUAAGCUCAGAUAUGCCGAUGAUAAACCCUGGACCACGGCAUCACCUCAAGG